AAUUAAAUUGUUUCUAUUGAAAAAAAGUAUACAAAAAAAUAGUUGUAUAUUAUUUUUUGAUGUUUGUCGAUAUAACUGACGAAUUCUCACCAUAUUAUGUUCAAUUUUAGUAAGUUUUUUAAAACGGUUGAAGAUGGAGUAGAAAGAAAAUUAAAAAUUUCAUGCUUCCGGCAAAUUGAGACAUAUUUAAAUUUUAUGGUAGAAAUAUUUAGAUACAUUUCAUAAUCCGAUCCAAAAUGUCUACUGUUGUUUCUGAGGUGCCAACUUCUCUGAAGAGAUUGGUUCGUUUAGUGAUGAGAGGCUUUUAUAAUGUAGAGCAUGCUAUUUUGAUGGAUAUGUUGAUACGUAAUCCAUGCAUGAAAGAAGAUGACUUAGUUGAAUUGUUAAAGUUUGAAAGAAAACAACUACGUUCUGUCAUUGCUCAGCUAAAGAAUGAUCGUUUUGUUAAAGUCAGGUUGCGAAUGGAAACUGGAUCAGACGGUAAAGCUACUCGACAAAAUUAUUACUACAUUAACUAUAAGAUUUUUGUGAAUGUUGUGAAGUACAAACUUGACCACAUGCGUCGAAAGAUUGAAACCGAAGAGCGAGAUUCUACAAGUAGAGCAUCCUUUAAAUGCACACAUUGUGAAAAAACUUUUACUGAUUUAGAAGCUGAUCAGUUGAUUGAUUUUAUGACUGGUGAAUUCCGUUGUAGCUUUUGUGAACAGCCUAUCAUUGAAGAUGAGAGCGCCCUUCCUAAAACUGAUUCACGAUUAAUGUUGGCAAGAUUUAAUGAGCAAAUUGAGCCUCUAUAUAAUCUCCUGCGAGAUGUUGAUGACAUCAAACUUGCUCCAGAAAUAUUGGAACCGGAACCUACAGAUCUUUCACAGAUUAAGAAAGAUGCUAGUACAAAUAAGGUUACACGACCUAAUGCUAAUAAUGAAAAUAUGAACCAUACUACCUGGAGUGGUGAUGCUACCAGAAACAAGAAUUAUGAUUAUGGUAAUUCUCAGGGUAUCACUGUAAACUUUGGAACAGAUGAUUCAGCAAAUAUGGCAGCACUGCAGGAAAAGAAAGAACAACCAAUUUGGAUGGUUGAAAGUACAGUAAAGAAAGAACCAAAAGAGACAUCUAAUUUUGCAUGGGGUCAAGAAAAAGUACAAAAUACUAUGCCUGAAAUUACUACUACUAUGUCGAAACAAGAUGAUAUUAUGGAAGCUCUUUUGGCCCAUGAAAGGAAAAGUGGUUCAGAGGGCAAGCUGGUUAUUCCUGGACACAAUAGCAAUGAGGAGAGUAGCAGUGAAUCAGAAGAAAAUUCUAGACCUGCACAGCAGUCCUUCAUGGAACCUGAAGUUGCUGAAAUGGAAAGUGAUGAAGAUGAUGCUGUGAUGGUGAAAGUUGGCGAUCGCAAAUAUGCCUUGAAUGAAGUGACAGAACAGUUGGUUUCUAAAAUGACUCCUGAAGAAAAAGAAGCCUAUAUCAGACUUACACAAGAACUAUAUGCCAGGAUAUAUGAAUAGAUGGGAAAAGAAAAAAAUGAAAUUUUGUGUAUGUUACAUAAUGUAAUCUGUCUUGUAUUAUGUGGAUAAAUUUUAUUUUUAUCAUCA